AUGCCACCACAUACACAAACCCACACCACCGGCUCCCUAAAUUAUCACUUAACUUCCCUACGCAAACUAGAAGGCCACUCCGGCUGGGUCUGGGCCGCGACUCCAUUCCCUGACGGAGAUAAGAUUGCAUCCGUCUCAAACGACACGACCGUGAAGGUCUGGAACACGGCUUCAGGCUACCAGGCGAGGAGCUUCCAAGGUCAUACUGGAUGGGUUCGGGCUGUGGCCGUAUCACCAGACGGCCGACGAGUUGCCUCUGGGUCGGAUGAUACGACAGUUCGACUGUGGAAUGUGGUUUCGGGACGCGCUGAACGAUCGUUUGCGGGCCAUUCGGGCUGCGUCAGGAGCGUCGCCUUCUCGCCUGAUAGCAAGGUAAUCGCUUCUGCAUCGGAUGACAUGACAGUUCGCCUGUGGAAUAUCAGCUCCGGUUAUACGCACAGAAUUCUUCGUGGACACGCAGGCUGGGUCAGAGCCGUUGCCUUCUCGCCAGACAAUCGGCUGAUUGCGUCGGCGUCAGAUGACAUGACUGUUAAACUAUGGGAUGCAAAUACCGGGGCUCUAUGCAGGACGCUGGAGGGCCAUACUGGAUUUACGAGGGCUGUGGCUUUCUCUCCAGACAGCAGCCUUAUCGCGUCGGCUUCCAAGGAUACGACAAUUCGGGUUUGGAAUACAGGCACGGCCUCUUUGCAGAGGGUCAUCACUGGACAUUCGUCCUGGGUCAGAGCCGUGACCUUUUCUCCGGAUGGGACACGGCUUGCCUCUGCUUCAGAUGAUAUGACGGUUAGGCUGUGGGAUGUGCGCGCUGGUUCCGUACACAAAGUGCUGAGGGGACACUCUGGCUGGGUCAAGGCAGUCAAGUUUGUGGACGACGAGAAGUUGUUGGUGUGUUCUGCAGAUGAUGGAAUUGUUCAGCUAUGGAUAUGA